CUGCCAGUGCCCAUCAGUGCCACAUUUCAGUGCCCAUCAGUGCCACAUCAGUGCCUCCUCAUCAGUGCCCAUCAGUGCCACCUAUCAGUGCCCAUCAGUGCAGCCUCAUUAGCGCACAUCAGUGAAGGAGAAAAAUCACUUAUUUACAAAACUUUUAUAACAAAAACUAAGAACAAACGUUUUUUUUUUUCAAAAUUUUCAGUGGUUUUUGGUUUGUUUAAGAAAAAAUAAACCCAGAGGCGAUUAA